CUGGCAACGUGGGACUCAGAGAAGGGCCUGAAUGGCAGCCUGCAAGAGAGGCCCAUGGGCAGCCGUCUCCAAGGACUGACUCUCAAAGUGGUGACUGUCUUGGAAGAGCCUUUUGUGAUGGUGGCUGAGAACAUCCUUGGACAGCCCAAACGCUACAAAGGGUUCUCCAUAGAUGUCCUGGAUGCACUGGCCAAGGCUCUGGGCUUCAAAUAUGAGAUUUACCAGGCCCCCGAUGGCAGGUACGGUCACCAGCUCCAUAACACCUCCUGGAACGGGAUGAUCGGGGAGCUCAUCAGCAAGAGAGCAGACUUGGCCAUCUCUGCCAUCACCAUCACGCCGGAGAGAGAGAGCGUGGUGGACUUCAGCAAGCGGUACAUGGACUACUCGGUGGGGAUGCUCCUCAAGAAGCCCGAGGAGAAAAUCAGCAUCUUCUCCCUUUUCGCUCCAUUUGACUUUGCGGUGUGGGCCUGCAUUGCGGCUGCCAUCCCUGUGGUUGGCGUGCUGAUAUUUGUGUUGAACCGGAUACAGGCCGUGAGGGCUCAGAGUGCUGCCCAGCCCCGACCGUCUGCGUCUGCCACCCUGCACAGCGCCAUCUGGAUCGUUUACGGAGCCUUCGUUCAGCAAGGUGGCGAAUCUUCCGUGAACUCGGUGGCCAUGCGCAUUGUGAUGGGCAGCUGGUGGCUCUUCACCCUCAUCGUGUGCUCCUCCUACACGGCCAACCUUGCUGCCUUCCUCACAGUGUCCAGGAUGGACAAUCCCGUCAGGACAUUCCAGGACCUGUCCAAACAAGUAGAGAUGUCUUAUGGCACCGUCCGGGAUUCUGCAGUGUAUGAGUACUUUCGAGCCAAGGGCACCAACCCCCUGGAGCAGGACAGCACGUUUGCCGAGCUCUGGCGGACCAUCAGCAAGAACGGAGGUGCUGACAACUGUGUGUCCAGUCCUUCAGAAGGCAUCAGGAAG